ACAACUCUCCAAAAUCUCACAUCAUCGCACGCAAACUCUUUGGAAGUGCCUAUAAAUACACCAAACUGUCUCCCUUGUUAUCGAUGCCCGCCACCGGAUCCUCUCGCAGUGCCAUCUCGCUUUGCGUAUAUAUUCAAUAUCGUAAACCCUAAUUUCCUACAUAAUCAUCACCGAGUGUUGGUGCCGGAGCGAUUUGCUCUGAAUCCUGCUGUGGUGGCUCGAAUUGAACUGGAGAAAUCAAUCUUUCUUCAACAAUUUAUGAACGAUGAGUGUCUUGUGCCUUCUCGAGAAGAGGAACUGAGGAGGAACAAUGUCAUUCGAAAACUUAAAGAGAUAGUKAUCAAGUGGAUUAMGAGAGUUGCUUACCGACGUUGGCUGCCGCAAAAUCAGAUUAGAGCUGCCUCAGCAACUAUAUUAACAUAUGGAUCGUAUGGUCUUGGUGUGCAUAAUGUGGAGUCCGAUAUUGAUGCUCUGUGUGUUGGCCCUUGGCUUGCCUCUUUGACAGAGGAUUUUUUCAUAGUUCUACGCAAUAUGCUUGAAAAAAGAAUAGAAGUGUCGGAUAUCCACUGUGUUAAGGAUGCAAAGGUUCCUUUAAUGAGAUUUAAAUUUGAUGGAAUUUCCAUCGACUUGACUUAUGCUCGACUUCAAGUAACAACUGUUCCUGAGAAUGUUGACAUUCUCAACCCCUUGUUCUUAAAUGGUAUCGAUGAAACAAGUUGGAAGAGUUUAUCUGGAGUACGUGCAAACAAUAGCAUCCUGCAGCUCGUUCCAGAUGUCAAGAUAUUCCAGGAAUUACUGUGUUGUGUUAAAUUAUGGGCAAAGAGGAGAGGGAUGUAUGGUAAUGWAAGAUAUUUCUUAUUUGGGUUAUUUGGAGGUAUCCAUUUAGCUGUUUUAGCAGCCUUUAUUUGUCAAAGGAAUCCAGGUGUGAGCUUGGCCGGUCUUGUUUCAAUCUUCUUUAAGACAUUUGCUUUGUGGCCAUGGCCAAUGCCAGUACUUCUACAACAGGGGAUGAUGCUACCGCCUCAUCCUCUUGAAGCACGAGCAUUAAUGCCUAUUCAGCUUCCUAGCAGCCCACAUGAGUAUUGCCAUUCCAACAUCACCACUAGCACAUUCAUGAAGAUCAAAAACGAGUUUCGAAGAGGUUAUCGUCAUAUUCAGCCACAAUUUGAUUGGGGAAACCUCUUUGAACCCUACCCUUACUCAAAGAGUUACCAACAAUUUUUAAAAAUAAGCCUUUCAACUUCUAAACAAGAUGAGCUAGGAGAUUGGAUAGGCUGGGUGAAGUCACGGUUUCGAUGUCUUCUAGUAAAGCUGGAGGAGUUGCGUGUUUUCUAUGACCCCAACCCUACUGAAUACUUGGAUACAACCAUACAAGACCCAAACGUCGUUUUUUACUGGGGAUUGUUACCUUGCAGGAGCAACUACUUGGAUCUAGAUCUAGUACAAAAAGAGUUCAAAAGGAAUCUCGUUACGGGUUACAAGGGUCUAAUGGGAAAAAUGAGUCUGUCCAUUAUUCAAGCAUCUGAGUUACCCAAAAGCUUGCACCAGCUUGCUGAUACCCACCAGUUAUUUUCAAACUCGAGUGAAAUGGUACCCGUGUUCUCAAAUCCCACACCUCAUUGUUUUGUCGGGUAUCUUGCAUCGGAGUACCCGAGUAGUGGGAUAAUGGGUUAAAGAGAGGGAUCCUGGGUUGGUUCAAGAUUUGGUUGUGCAUAGAAAGGGAAUGCCUAAAUUUUCUGGCUUUCUUUUUGUUGUUUGGAUAGAAUACAGGGGAGGAAGGGUUCGCACAUUUGUUAGAGAAGAAGGAUAAUCAAUUUUUUUGGCGGACAUCCUUCAAAUGUCCAUGAUAUGAUAUUGCUUUACUUGUAUAUUCAUUUUUCUUCUUACUGUUACAAGUUAUUUUUGUAUAUAACGUGAGAAGAGUAGAACAUGUUUCUGCAAGUUAUUGAACGAGAUAAAUGCUUGUUUUAACAGAAAUCUUUAAAUUUAGAGAAAUUUAAACCUUGUAUCUUACUUUAUCCAUUUUAAAGAAAUUCUUAAAGAAUCUAAGAAUUUUAGUCACUAUGCUUUAUGUAUUGUAUAAUUAAACACUCGUUUACGUCAUUAAUGUGUCCCCAUUCCAUAUCGUUCAUUUUUUUUAUUUCUCCAUUAAUACCACCCAAAUAAUGUAUAAUUUUGUACCAAGACAAACCAAUUAAUUCACGUAUCAACUGCAUCAAUUUAGUCGGUUUCACUUUAAUUGGUUGAUAGUAGCAUACCAAAUAUUUAAACUUGGUUGGUACGUGGUAUUAGAAAAUUGUAUAUCAUGAUAAUACU